ACGUUGGAAUGCUUAGUGUGGUAAAUACAAUUCUACUAUGGACGCAUGCGUGGUAAGGACUUCUGAUAAAAAAAUCCAUAACUACGACACUGCUCUAGUUAACGGCUAAUGCAAAGCUGUAUGUCCAUUGCCUGAUGAGUCUUUGACUCACAGAGUGAACCUACAGAGAAUAUGGCACUAGAAAAACUCAGGAAAGAGGAAACUCUCGUUCUGCGGAAGAAGUUAAUCGGGCAGUCAUGCAGACUAUUCUAUUCAGAAGACCCUGUGAAAAUAGUAAAAGCAAGAGGUCAAUUUAUAUUCGAUGAAAAUGGCAAGCGCUAUCUGGACUGCAUCAGCAACGUUCAACAUGUGGGCCAUUGUCACCCAAGCAUUACAAAAGCUGCAUCAGCACAAAUGGACCUCCUGAACACAAAUGCUCGAUUCCUGCACGACAACAUAGUGAUGUAUGCCGACCGCCUGGCUGCCACCCUGCCUGAGAAACUGUGUGUGUUCUACUUUGUUAACUCCGGUUCAGAGGCCAAUGAUCUUGCCCUACGCUUAGCACAUCAGUACACCCAACAUGAGGAUGUAAUUGUGCUUGACCAUGCAUACCAUGGGCAUCUAAUGUCCCUCAUCGAUAUUAGUCCUUACAAGUUCCGGAAACUGGCAGGACAAAAAGAAUGGGUUCAUGUGGCACCCUUACCAGACACCUACAGAGGCCUUUACAGAGAGGAUCACCCCAACCCCGGCCAAGCAUACGCUGAUACAGUAAAAUACCUAAUAGAGGAGGUGCACAGGGAUGGCCGUAAGAUCUCGGCCUUCUUUGCUGAGUCAUUGCCAAGUGUUGGAGGACAAAUAAUCUUACCCCAAGGAUACUCCACUAAAGUUGCAGAAUAUGUGCGAUCAGCUGGUGGAGUGUUUGUGGCAGACGAGGUGCAGACAGGCUUUGGACGUGUGGGAAGUCACUUCUGGGCUUUCCAGCUGCAGGGGCAGGGUUUUUGUCCCGACAUAGUGACCAUGGGUAAACCAAUGGGCAAUGGGCAUCCCCUGGCAUGUGUGGCAACCACUGAAGAGAUAGCUGGAGCUUUCACAGCCAACGGAGUGGAGUACUUCAAUACGUUCGGAGGGAAUCCAGUGUCCUGUGCAAUUGGCCUGGCAGUACUUGAUGUGAUAGAGGAAGAGGACCUAAAAGGAAAUGCCACCAGGGUGGGAGCACAUCUCAAAGAUUUGCUUAUAAAGCUACAACCACGACAUCAAAUAAUUGGAGAUGUCAGAGGUGUGGGGCUGUUCGUGGGUCUAGAGCUGGUUACAGACAGAGAGCAGAGGACUCCUGCCACAGAAACAGCAGCGUUGGUGGUGAAGAGGUUAAAAGAGGAGGAUAAUAUCUGUGUCAGUACAGAUGGUCCCUGGGAAAGUGUCAUUAAGUUCAAACCACCAAUGUGUUUCAGUAUGGAUGAUGCAGAACUGACAGUAAAAUGUAUUGACCGCAUCCUCACAGGUUGGUUACACUAUCAUAUUUUGUCUACACUCGUUACUACAGGAUUGUUUGCCUAUAUUUGUUGUUUUCACUAAUUUUAAAGAACUCUAAAGACCAAACUUUUAUUUAAAUGUUGUAUAACCUCUUCAAUUUGUUUUGUUCUCACAGACAUGGAAGCCAGUGACAUUUAAACUGCAAAAGGAAGACAUCUAUGGUUUGUUAAACCUGUAGAAAAACUUUUAAUUGCAUCAGACAUUGUCAGAUGGUCACAUUCAUAACAUUCAGAGGUAGAGAUGUGAAUGUCUAUACUUCCAGAACAAGUUCAUUCACUUCACUUAGAACAUGUUGCCGUUUUCCCUUUUAACACUGAAAAAUGUUUACAUUUAAGUGUCAAAGCUUAGCAAUAUGACAAAUCAAAGUGGGACAGUCAUUUAAAUGGUAUCUAGAGCCAGGAAAGUGUAUUAUAGUUCAUAUUUGUUUCCCUUUUUCUCCCCCCAGAUGUUCAGUGCCUUUUUAAGGCAUCGGCAUCACUUCAGUCAACCGAGAUGAAAACUACCAAAUUUAAAAGGGAUGCCAGCUGAACUGUUAGCCCGUCUGGCAACAAUUAACUAAUAAAAGGUUUUCACCCCAA